UAUGGUUGGGUGGGAGACCUUGUACUCGAAUCGACUAGAUAAGUGGCCUAUGUGUGGAUGAUGUUCUGAAUUUUUGUCGCAAAUAAGAUGCAAACGAACAUCUCAGAAAAAAGGAAAAUGAAAUAAUGUCAACGGCGUUUCUUAGGAAGGAAGAUUCUUGAAGGGACUAAACCAUGAUUUCAUUGGAAUUCACCAUAUAUUAGUCACAUUGAAUUAGAUUCUGAGGACUCAAAGCAUCGCCCAUAUAAAAUAUGGAGCUGUGAUAGACAGAAAAGAAAAGCUGUUGUUGCAUCAUCAUUAGCUGAACUUAGAGAUAAAGCCAUUCUAUAAGAGAAGUAAAAUGUGACAGCUUGUUUUACCAAACAUAUCACUAGACAGAUACUAGGAUUUUACAACUGAGUGCCAUAUUUUGAAGUUUGAACUUCAAUAUACUUGCACUCUUUACUUCAAAACAGACAUCGACCAGAAGUUUUUCACAUCAAUAUUGGAAAAUCCUAAACCUACUUCAGUCGUUAAUUCCAUACUGGAUGAAAUAAUUGAACAUGUUACAAUGGAAAAAAAAACAUGCAGGUGGUGGUACAGUCCUUGACAGUACAAUUAAAGGUUGGAUAAAACAAUGCCCAUGGCCAGAGAUUGUUACAAAAGCAGAUGGACUCAAAUCCAUAUUUUGUCACCACUGUGAAGUUGUUGGAAAGAAGAAUGUGAUGGGUGGAGAGAAACUUGGAUAUCCUCCCCAUACUCAGUUAAGAGUGGUAUUAGAAUGUGAUGGUACAGAGGUAGAAGAUGAAACCUAUUUUCAGACAGUGGAUAAGGACACAGUUUUUUUGCUGCUCCGUCCGAAUGAACAUUGGCUACCACCUAGCGUUGAAACUCUCAGAGCUGCUAUAAGAGCCAUUCCUCAGAUAGUAUGUGAGGCCAUAAACAGCCUUGAGUUGGUGGACCGACAACCUUCCUGGAAAAUUAUGGACAAUAAGGGACAGGUCACAGUUGUUCUUCACUGGGAUCAGCGAGACUUCCGGGGUCCGUCAGAGAAGAAAGGUCGCUACUAUGGCAGGCGAGAACCAGUGUGGAGGGUGGAAGUCACAUCUCAAGAGGUUCAAACUGUGGAUCAAACCACUGCCACUUUUAAAGAUAUACCUGGUUCAGCUGGACCUCAUACCAGGUUUACCCUAGAAGAUUUGGGACUAAAGUCUGCCAUGCGUAUGUUGCCAAAGAAAACACAUGUAGAACAUGGAGCUAGUCCUGAUCAUGAUCAUUCACUUUGUGACUUCCAUUGCUCUGCCCUACAUGAAGAGGGUGCUCAAAUUAUAUUGAAUAAGUCUGUUGCUACCUCGCCCAUUCAGGAAAUGCCAGAAGGGGCUGCUGCUGCAGCUGGCCCAAGUGGUGUAAGUUUGCAUAAGAAAGGAGGAGCCAAAGGACAUGUGCGCUUUCUUGAUGAAGCUCAGGAGGUUAAAAGUCCUGGACGGGAUGAAUCAGAAUCGGACACUGAGAAUACAACCAAUGAAGAAGAACAGUUAUCUGAACACUACCUCCUUCUGACUGAUCAGCUUUCCUUAGAGCAAAAUAGACAUCUUAACAUAAGAGAUAUUGGUGUGAUUCUAGAUCGUUUGAGUUCAAAAAUAGUGGAAGUUCAAAAACUUGAGAGGGAAAAGGAGAGUGCUGAAAUACACAAUUGGACAAUCAAGGCAACCAUUAGGGGAGAAGUGCUUAGGGAGAUUGGAGUGAUUUACAAUGGACAGUACUAUGGUAUAAUGGAACAUCCAGGGUACUUUUGAUGGAAGUCAUUACUAGGAUUAGUUGUAGAAUUUUCUUGUAAGGGUUGUGGUUUUUGUCCCUGAGGUGCAAUAUGGUGCUUUUUCUUAACUUAGAAGCUGCCCAGAACCCAGUAUACUGUUGUUCUAUAGAAAACAGAUGUAUAGAGGAAAAGUUGUAGUUUGGUAGUCACCAUCUGUAGAGAGAUCUUGUGUGGUGGCAUUCAGCCACAACUUUGAAGAUUUA